AUGGCCAUCGUUAAACGUCUUUUCAUCAAAGCUAGUAGCAACUAUGACACGGACUUCCAAAUAGUGCCGGUCAAUAGUGACCAGCCUUUGGAAAUCAAGUCGGAUAUAGGUAUAUUCAAGCUAUUCGUCGACAUCAAGCAGUUUGAUGGGGCCAAGGAGCAUUUGUCAAACAGUUUAUACAAUAGAAAGGACCAGACGUAUCUCAAUGGAGAGAAGGUCGAUGCUAAACCACGUGAGUUGGAGUCGGCAGGACCCGACCCCAAUUUAAGAAUCAGCAUCGAGUUUACGCCACAAGACGAUAUCCCCGGUGGUGAGUUGGUGUUUGGCAAUGAUUUCACCUAUGCCAUCAAGGAGUACGUGCCAACCACCUUGUUGAGCACGGGACUCAGGCUUUUCAACUGGUUCAUCAACAACACGGUCACGGGAGACAUUUACAACGAAAAGCCCUACUUGUACGGCUUGGCCUUGAACAGUUUCAGCUACGUUGGAAUCAACAAAUUGGAGCCAUCGGGGAUCGUGAAUGAAAAGUCAAAGCCCAUCAACUAUAAGGAGAAUUUGAACGAGUACUUGCAAGAAAUUCCAGAAGAUUCAAACGGAAGAAUCAAGUUCUUCAAUUCGAGGGAAAAAUGCAAUGAAUUUGUUUUCAAAAAGGACACCAAUUACGAUUUCCGAUUCGAUACCGAUUUCUUGAAGCUUGGAGAUUCGAAAUACUUGGUGUCGAUUCCAAAGUUUGACUUGGACGUUAGCCGCUACGCCAAUGACACCCUCAAUAACGUCAAUUGGGUUAUAAAACAGAAUGGGUUUGAAGGAGUGGGACAAGGUAAAUUGGGGUUGGUUAUCAAUUUUGCCUUGAGCACAGAAGAAGACGAAGACAAGGACUAG